AUGGCAAAGAAGGCACCAGCGGUGGGCAUCGACCUGGGGACGACGUACUCGUGCGUCGGCGUCUUCCAGCACGGCAAGGUGGAGAUCAUCGCCAACGACCAGGGGAACAGGACCACUCCGAGCUACGUCGCGUUCACGGACUCGGAGCGACUCAUCGGCGACGCGGCCAAAAACCAGGUCGCCAUGAACCCGACCAACACCGUCUUCGACGCCAAGCGGCUCAUCGGUCGACGAAGCAACGACCCCGUGGUGAGCAGCGACAAGAAACACUGGCCGUUCGAGGUCGUCGACGAGGCGGGGCGUCCCAAAGUCUCCGUCGAGUACAAGGGCGAGAUUAAGUCGUUCUUUGCCGAGGAGAUCUCGUCCAUGGUCCUGGUGAAGAUGAAGGAGACGGCCGAGGCGUACCUGGGAAAGACGGUCACGGACGCGGUCGUUACGGUCCCCGCCUACUUCAACGACUCGCAGCGACAGGCCACGAAGGACGCAGGAACCAUUUCCGGGCUGAACAUCCUCCGAAUCAUCAACGAGCCGACGGCCGCCGCCAUCGCGUACGGACUUGACAAGAAGGUCGGCUCCGAGCAAAACAUUCUCAUUUUCGACCUCGGUGGAGGCACCUUCGAUGUCUCCAUCCUCACAAUCGAGGAGGGAAUAUUCGAGGUGAAAUCGACCGCAGGUGAUACCCACUUGGGUGGCGAGGACUUCGACAACAGAAUGGUGAAUCACUUCAUCCAGGAGUUCAAGCGAAAGUUCAAGAAGGACAUGUCGGGGAACAAGAGAGCCGUCCGCCGGCUGAGAACUGCGUGCGAGCGCGCCAAGCGUACCCUGUCCUCCAUCACGGAGGCAAGCAUCGAGAUCGACUCGCUCUUCGAGGGAAUCGACUUCUACACCAAAAUCACCCGGGCCCGAUUCGAGGAGCUGUGUGCAGACCUGUUCCGUGGCACCCUGGAGCCCGUGGAGAAGGCCCUGCGGGACUCAAAAUUUGACAAGGGACAGAUCCAUGAACUUGUGUUGGUCGGGGGCUCCACCCGAAUCCCUCGCAUCCAGAAGCUCCUCCAAGACUUCUUCAACGGGAAGGAACUGAACAAAUCCAUCAACCCGGACGAGGCCGUGGCAUACGGUGCUGCGAUCCAAGCUGCGAUCCUCUCGGGAGACACCAGCGAGGAAGUCCAGGACCUACUACUCCUCGACGUUACUCCACUCUCCCUCGGUAUCGAGACUGCCGGCGGCGUCAUGACCGCCCUCAUCAAGAGAAACUCCACGAUCCCCAAGAAGGAAACGGAAACAUUCACCACCUAUUCCGACAACCAGCCGGGUGUGCUGAUCCAGGUGUACGAGGGAGAGAGAGCCAUGACGAAGGACAACAACCUCCUCGGGAAAUUCGAACUCACUGGGAUUCCCCCAGCCCCGAGGGGAGUCCCCCAGAUCCAGGUGACCUUCGACAUCGACAGGAACGGGAUCUUGAACGUGUCGGCCGCGGACAAAAGCACGGGCAAAGAGAACAAGAUUACGAUCACCAACGACAAAGGCCGACUCAGUGCGGAUGAAAUCGACAGGAUGGUACGUGAGGCCGAGCAGUACAAGGCAGCCGACGACGCUCAGAGAGAACGUGUAUCUGCAAAGAACCAGCUCGAGAGCUAUGCAUUCCAAAUGAAGAGCACCUUUGAGGAGGACAAGGUGAAGGAGAAGGUCCCGGAGGAAGACCGGGAGAAAGUCAUCAGCAAGUGCAAGGAGGUCAUCGAUUGGCUCGACAAGAACCAGUCGGCAGAGAAGGAAGAGUUUGAGCACCAGCAGAAGGAGCUGGAGGGUAUCUGCACGCCUAUCGUGACCAAGCUCUAUCAGGCGGGUGGAGCUUCAGAGGGUGGUGGCAUGCCAGGAGGAAUGCCUGGAGGGAUGCCUGGAGGGUUCCCUGGUGGCGCUGGACCUGCUUCUGGGGCUGGGUCGGCUGGUGGGAGUGGACCAACCAUCGAGGAGGUCGACUAG